GGCGCUUCUUUUUACAUAUAAAUUGAACUGACGCCUUCGGCUAUCUUCCUGCGUCAUCAUCUUUCGACAUAAUGUCCGACAAGCUGUCGUCGAACGAGAAAAAUGCCUCAGAGUCCAAGAUUCAUGCCUCUUCCGACGUCGAAUCUGCGCACGAGCUGUCUCAUGCCGACUACACUAACGGCCAGCAGACGCUUGUUCGUCAGCUCAAGAACCGUCACAUUGCUAUGAUUAGUAUUGGAGGUGUUAUCGGUACCGGGUUGUUUUUGGGAACUGCAACAUCUUUGAUGAAUGGCGGGCCAGUUGGUCUUCUACUUGGCUACAUCACUGUUGGAACAAUAUGCUGGAGUGUCAUGGUCUCCCUAGGGGAGAUGGUUGCUUACCUGCCCAUUCCUGGUGGUCAUAUCAAAUUGGCCGAGCGUUUCGUUGACCCCGCAUUGAGUUUCACAAUGGGUUGGAAUUACUGGUACAAUUGGACGAUUAUCUUGCCCGCCGAACUAAGUGCCGCGGCAAUCCUCAUUAACUACUGGAACAAGACCGUCAACAAUUCAGCAUGGAUAACAAUAUGCUUGGUUGUCGUCGUCACAAUCAAUAUGUUCGGCGCUGGGGUAUACGGUGAAGCAGAAUUUAUCUUUGCUUCCAUCAAAGUUAUCACGAUCACGGGUCUCAUAAUUCUUGGCAUCGUCCUCGACCUCGGAGGCGGUCCUAACCAUGACCGGCUUGGUUUCAGGUAUUGGAAACACCCAGGUCCAUUCGCACAGUAUGGAGGCAUUGGAGGCGCGGAAGGCCGAUUCUUGGGAUGGUGGUCUGUUAUGACCCAGGCAGCCUUUUCUUUCAUUGGAACCGAGAUUGUCGCUAUCGCCGCUGGUGAGGCCAAGAACCCCAGACGGAACUUGCCCAAGGCCAUCAGAAGAGUCUAUAUCCGUAUUCUUCUGUUCUACAUCGGAGGUACCGCGGUCAUCGGUCUCCUCGUGCCAUCGACUGAUUCAAGACUGAAUCUGAGUGAUGGUACUGCCGCCUCGUCGCCUUUUGUCAUCGCUAUCAAGAAUGCAGGCAUUGGAGGCCUUCCAUCUGUGAUCAAUGCUGCUCUCUUGACGUCAGCCUGGUCUGCGGCUUCCAGUGAUCUAUACACCAGCUCUCGAGCUCUCUACGGUCUCGCUGCUUCUGGCAAUGCUCCCAAGAUCUUCCUGCGCACGACCCGCAAAGGUCUUCCUUACGUUUCCAUUAUCUUCUGUUCCCUUUUCGCCACUCUGUCUUAUAUGGGUGUUAACGAGGGGUCGGGUAAAGUGUUUAAUUGGUUUGCCAACAUGACUGCUGUUGCCGGUCUGAUGACUUGGUUCGGUAUCUGCCUCACUUAUCUUCGGUUCUACCAGGGUCUGAAAGUCCAAGGCUACGACCGAAGUAAGAUGCCGUUCGCGGUCAGAUUCCAGCCUUUCCCAGCAUGGUACGGCAUGAUCGCCUCUCUCGUCAUUUGCUUCUUGAGUGGAUGGAAUGUCUUCCUCAAAGGUCACUGGGCGCGAGACACUUUUGUGACGAACUACUUCCCUUUGAUGCUCUUCCCCGUACUUUACAUCGCCGCCAAAUUCUACUACAAAGUGCCUUACGUUCGCGCUCGCGAUAUGGACUUCGUGACAAACAUCGCAGAAAUUGAGGCUGACACUUAUGAUGAGCCUGCGCCGAGGAAUAAGAUGGAGGCUUUCUGGCAGUGGCUUGUGAGUUGCUUUUCGUCCCUUUCUGUCGGGUGAACUAACGAAAUCAUUCAGAUGUGAUUACGAUGUAUAUCAUG